GCAGAAACGUGCUGUGGUAUGGAUCAGUAUUCGGAAUCUUUUUUUUAUUGAAAAAAAAAUGAAUGAUCGGUAUUCAGAUCUUAGCGGAUUGUUUACAACGACCGAUCGCGGAAUCUGCUGGACUGGAGAAAGCACUUCACGCUUCCCGCGUGCUCACCAAUUAUGUUACCUUGACUCUUGAAGGGAUCGAGCAACCGGGUCCCUCGCUCCGACGCCUUCAGCUGCCAAAAUCAGUGCCAGUCACUAUCGACUAAGCUCAUCAGUCCGGUGAAUUUCGAGAAGCUACGCAAUCAUCAUACUCUGCUCGACCUACUAGCUAGUAGCGCAGUGCAGUAGAGACGCACGGCGGUCAGCACCAAAUCAGCAGAGAGAUCACACCUGCAGCGAGCGACGACAGAGGGUGCGAUAAUGGCGACGCCGGCGCUGGUGCUCCUGCCGGAGUGGGGCUCCGGCCACCUCAUGUCCAUGCUCGAGUCCUGCAAGCGCGUGCUCCUCAGCGGCGGCGGCGGCGGCAAGGCCUUCUCCAUCACCCUGCUCGUCGUGCGCCCGCCCACCGACGAGGCCACCUCCGAGGUGGAGGCGCACGUGCGCCGGGAGGCCGCGUCGGGGCUAGACAUCCGCUUCCACCGCCUCCCCGCCGUGGACCCGCCCGCGGGCGACCUCGGGGUCGAGGAGUUCUCCGCGCUCUACCUCAGCCUCCACGCGCCGCACGUCCGGGAUGCCAUCGCCGGCAUGGAGUGCCCCGUCGCCGCGCUCGUGCUCGACCUCUUCGCCGCGACGCUGGUCGACGAGGCGCGGGACCUCGGGGUGCCCUCCUACGUCUUCAUGUCGUCCACGGGCGCCAUGCUCGCGCUCAUGCUGCACCUGCCCGUGCUCCACGAGCGGGUCACCGUGGAGUUCGACGAGGUGGAGGGGGAGAUCGAGGUGCCGGGCCUGCCGCCGGUGCCGCCGGCCAACAUGCCGUGCCCCGUCGUGGACAAGAAGAGCCCCAACUACACGUGGUUCGUACGCCUCGGCGACAGCUUCAUGGACGCCACGGGCAUCAUCGCCAACACCGCGGACGCUCUCGAGCCGGGGCCCCUCGCGGCCAUCGCCGAGGGACGGUGCGUGCCGGGGCGCCCCGCGCCGCCGGUGUACCCGGUCGGCCCCGUGUUGUCGCUCGGCGACCGCUCGCCGUCGCACGAGUGCGUCAAGUGGCUGGACGCGCAGCCGCCGGCGUCGGUGGUGUUCCUCUGCUUCGGGAGCAUGGGCUGGUUCGACCCGCCGCAGGUGGUGGAGAUCACCGCCGCGCUGGAGCGGAGCGGCCAGCGCUUCCUGUGGGUCCUGCGUGGCCCGCCUUCGUCGGAGACGGGCGCCGGCUCCCCGGACGGGUCGGAGCACCCGACGGACGCGAACCUGGACGAGAUCCUCCCGGAGGGAUUCCUGGAGCGGACCAAGGGCAGGGGCAUGGUGUGGCCCAAAUGGGCGCCGCAGAAGGACAUCCUGGCGCACCCGGCCGUGGGCGGCUUCGUGACGCACGGCGGCUGGAACUCGGUGCUGGAGAGCCUGUGGCACGGCGUGCCGAUGGCGCCGUGGCCGCUCUACGCGGAGCAGCACCUGAACGCGUUCGAGCUGGUGGCGGACAUGGGCGUGGCCGUGCCGCUGAAGGUGGACAGGAAGCGGGACAACUUCGUGGAUGCCGCGGAGCUGGAGGGAACAGUGAAGGAGUUGAUGGGCGGCGGCGAGGUGGGGAGGAAGGCGAGGGAGAAGGCCAAGCAGAUGAUGGCCGUGUGCAGGGAGGCCGUGGCGGAGGGCGGGUCGUCGCAUGCCGCGCUGCAGAGGCUCGCCCAGGCGCUCCACGACGGCGCGGCGAUGCCCAAGAAGUGAAAGGCCCGGCAGCGUAGCCGUGUGCUCGUCGAUCGUUCGAUCAUGGCGCGUCCAUGGAUCACGGGCUCGUGGUGUUUCUUUUCAGGAUUUUACCAGUUGUUCGCGAGGUAAAGGUUGGAUGCGGCAGAGUUGAUUUGUGUUCAAUCAUCAGUCCGCAAUAAUAAACGCCGGUUGCCUUUUGCGCGUGUCA